AUGUUUCUUCGUCUCAUUCAUUCAUUUGAUAAUACAAUAAUAUUAAAUGGAAUAAAAUAUUGUCGUUUUAUUUCUCAAGAAUCAUCAAAUUUAAUUAAAUUUCGAUCAUUAUCAACAAAACGUCCAUUGAAAUGUUCUAAAAGUAAACAAAUAACAUUAGGAACUGAUAUAUCAACAUCAUCAUCAAUGAAAUUACCUGUAUUAAAACGUGUACCAAGAAAAAAACCUACAUGGACAGAAACAAAUAUAUUAAAUCAACUUGAAGAACAAUAUUUUAAUGUAAUUGCAUAUGCUACAGCUGAUUGGUAUGAUUUAGAUCGAUUAAAAGAACGUUUUACUUUAUUAUCAAAAUCAUUUGAAUUAUUACCUAUAUCAAAUAUAAUAGAUAAUGUUUUAUGUAUUAAAAUAUAUCGUGAAACAAAAGAAAAAAGUGAAGUAUUUAUAUUUGAUGAUGGUGCUGUCAUUUUUUGGAAUGUUCAAAAUGAUGAUGAAAAAUUAAUUUUAAAUGAAGUAAAUAAGAAUUAUUUUUUUUUUUUUGAUAAUCAAUAUCCAAAAGAUUUAAUUAAUAAUGAAAAAGAAAUUAUGAAUUUUAUUGAAACUUCUACAGUAAGUACAAUUAAUAAUGAUAUUAUUAAACUAAAUCGUCAAUCGGAAAGUGAACAAUUACUUGAUAAAUAUACUGUUUCAAAUGCACUUGCACUUUCAGUUAAAUUAGGAAUUUGGGAAGCUUUACUUGAUGAUGAAGUUGAAUUUGUUGCUGAUUUAGCUAAUCGUUUAAAACAAGGAAAACAUAUUAAAAUUGAACAUGGAUUAAUGCAAAGUAAAAGUGGUGAACUUUAUUCACUUAAACAUGCUGUUAAUCUAAGUCAUGAAGAUUUAGUUGAUGAAACGGCUGUUCGGGCACUUUCUGUUCAAGUUGCUAGCACUCAACAGAUCCAUGCAUCCUCAAAUUCGACUAAUCCUUCUGCAAUAACUGUCUCUACAAAACUAGAAUUCAAAGGACAACUGUCUCAUCAAGAAUCAAACAUAUAUGGACUUGUUACUCUUCAAGCACCUUUUAUUCGUCGUUCGUCAACAAACAAUGGAUCAUCAUCAUUGUCUCGUGUUCCGAUUGAUCUUGUUUGUGUUGUUGAUCAAAGUGGAUCAAUGUCCGGUGCCAAAAUGAUCUUAUUAAAACAAACAUUAACGUAUAUUACUGAACAGUUAACCGAACUCGAUCGAUUGGCUAUUAUCUCGUUUGAUAAUCAUGCUUAUGAUCGAUCUCAUGGAUUGAAACGAAUGAAUGAAAAAAAUAAACAUAAAUUGAACAUGGUGAUCAACGAUGACAUCGAGGAUGGCUUCAGUACGGAUAUCGGAGGUGGUUUAGAAAUGGGCAUUGAAGUGUUGAGACGUCGUCAGACAAAAAAUCCCAUAGGCGCUUUAUUCUUGCUCACCGAUGGUCAAGAUGAUGAAGUACACGAUUAUUCCGACAUCAUGGAAAGAUUACCUAGAGGCGUAGUUUGUCAUACAUUUGGCUAUGGAUCAGAUCAUGAAGCAGCUUUAUUAGUACAAUUAGCAGAACAAGGCAAUGACGGUACUUUUACUUACAUUGAUAAACAUGAAGCUGUGGGUCCAGCAUUUGCUAUGACGUUGGCUGGUCUAUUGACAUGUGUGGCACAAAAUAUUCGUGUUAAUAUUGAAUUCAACGGCGAGUACAAAGUGACACAUGCUCACUCUGUAUAUAAAUAUGAACCUGAACGACUACCUUCUUCGAAGAUUACUUUUAAGUUAAAUGAUCUCAAUGCUGACGAAAAACGAAAUCUCAUCUUUCAGCUACAUGUACCUAAAGUAAAAGACAAAUCUUCUUCGGAAUAUCACUAUCGUGAACAACAGCAAUAUGUCUCAAAUCAUGUAAUUGGUCGUGUCUCGGUCGUCUAUGUUGACCCGAAGAGUAGCUGCAUGUUUACUAUGAGAUCUGUUCCAUUUCAUCUUGUUCGAGCUUCGAAUUUAUCAUCGGAUUAUCUUCGAGUUAGUUAUACAAUUGAUCUUCAACGAAAUCGAAUAGCAACAGCACUUGUACUAAGACGAGCUAUGAAUGAACCAAAUUAUAGUCGAUCAGUUGCCUUACUUAAAACUCAAGUUAACAAUAUCAAGGCUAGUGUAUCAGCUCGAGAGCCAUUCUGUCAACAGCUAAUUAAAGAUCUUGAGCAUCGAUAUCCAACUGAACGUGAUUAUCGUUCGACACACAACAACGCUUAUAUGCAGCAUGCAACUGAACGUGGUACUUAUUCAACUGCAACAAGUUCCAGUUCAAAAAUUUAUGAAAGUGUACAUCAACAGAGUCAAGUGGCUCGUUAUCAAAGAAAAUAUGAAUAA